AUGAAAAUCUUGCUGAGCAAGAAGUCCGAUGUUGUCGGGUACCUUGUUGCUUGGAAGGGCCCGAAUGACCCAUCCGCUGGAGACUUCUCUCUGAGCCUUGACCCUAGCUCAAACCUUCAGUUUGUCAUUUGGCACGCGGCUAAGCCCUACUGCCGAAUCAGUAUGCUCAAAGGUGUGUCAGUGGUCAGUAGCAUAUACCAGAACACCAUCGUCUUUGAAGCUAUCAUCAGCAUAGGUGAUCGGUUCUAUUACGAAUAUACAGUCCCUGAUGGUUCACCAUACAUACGUGUUACCCUUGAGUACACGGGCGCGCUCAAGACUCUUAGCUGGAACAACCGCUCAUCAUGGACAGUCCUCUCUGAGCCCCCCGCUAGCAGCUACGAGGUCUACGCCACGUGUGGAUGCAGGAGAACAAAGGCGCUCAAGUGCAGCGAGCAAAGUCAUUUUGUCACCAUACCUUGGAUGAAGGUUCCCGACAAGUUUUUAGUUGUCCCGAAUAAAAGCUUUGAUGAGUGCAGGGUCGAGUGCAGCAGCAACUGCUCAUGCACGGCUUACGCUUACACCAACUUUACCAAUAAUGCUACUAUGGCCGACCAGUCAAGGUGCUUGGUUUGGACAGGGAAUCUUGUCGACGCGAUGAAAUAUAGGAUGACUGGCGAGAACCUGUAUCUCCGGCUUGCCGGCUCUCCAGUUCAAGAGAAUAGCAAAUUGGUAAAGACUAUACUGCCCAUUGUAGCAAUUCUGCUGAUACUUAUAUGCAUAGCCCUUAUCAAGAUGUGGAAAUCAACCAAGAGACACAACAAGGGAAACCAAAAGAGACUGAUGCUAGGAUACAUGGGCUCUUCCAAUGAAAUUGGAGACGAAAAUGCAAAGUUUCCAUUUGUUAGCUUUGAAGAUAUCCUCGUGGCAACAGAUAAUUUUUCUGACUCAAACAAAUUGGAAAAGGGGGCUUUGGCAAAGUUUACAAGUGGUUACAUGUCGCCUGAAUAUGUGAUGGGAGGGAAAGCGAUGAAUUCUGAUGCUUCAUUAGAUGAGGAGUAUGGACCGAUGGAGCUUGAUCAAAUGAUUCAAGAUGAGUUCUUCGAUUCCUCAGAUUCGGACGAAGAAGUGGACAUGAUCAUGCUCAUGGGCAUGCAAGAGGAAAAGGACCGGCAGGUGGAGCAUAUUCUCAACUUCAAGGGCUCAAUCAAAGGGAGAAGAGUGAUCAAUCUGGAUAGGUGUCGUGGGAACAGAUCUGACAAUAGAGGUUAG